UUCCGGGUCGGGUCGCAGAGGAAGUAGCUUCAGCAGCGAUACCCAGACUUCCCUUUCCCCAGCUACUUCUUCCAGCUCUUCCGGAGGGAUCCCGAGGCGUUCCCAAGCCAGCCCAGAGACAUAGUCUUUGUCAUAGUCUGUCAAUGCUGGUAGUUCACAGAGUGUCCAGACAUUUUUCACUCCGGCUUUUUGCGUUUAAUAUUGCGCUGUUUCUUUAAAUUGUAGCAAGGGCCAGUUUUCGGUAGGCGGGACUUCCUUCACAAGCCGGAAAAAGGCUUGACUGUGACAGGCAGCUGAAUCCAACCUUCAAAAGAAGCCGGCUCUUCUUUUCAACGUUUCGUCCCAUAUAUAUAUACAUAUUUAAAGGUUUAUAUAUGGCUAGCAAAGGGAUGAACAUGUCCACUGUGUGCUGCUUGAUCCUCUGGGUUGUCACUGCAGUGUUUGCCGGGCGAGAUUUUUACAACAUCCUCGGCGUGAGCAAGAGUGCAUCAAUCAGGGACAUCAAGAAAGCCUACAGGAAGCUUGCUCUCCAGUUACACCCCGACAGGAACCAAGACGACCCUAAAGCUCAGGAUAAAUUCGCCGACCUGGGCGCAGCAUACGAGGUUCUGUCUGAUGAGGAGAAAAGGAAACAGUAUGACGCGUACGGGGAAGAUGGACUUAAAGAAGGCCACCACAGUUCACACAAUGAUAUCUUCUCCAGUUUCUUUGGAGACUUUGGUUUCAUGUUUGGAGGAAACCGACAGCAGCAGGACCGAAACAUCCCCAGAGGAAAUGACAUUGUACUUGAUUUGGAGGUCACGCUCGAAGAAGUUUACUCUGGGAACUUUGUAGAGGUGGUACGGAACAAGCCUGUAGCCAAAGAGGCACCUGGCAAGAGGAAAUGCAACUGCCGACCAGAGAUGAGGACUACGCAGCUCGGCCCGGGCCGAUUCCAGAUGACCCAAGAGAUGGUGUGCGAUGAAUGUCCCAAUGUCAAGUUGGUGAAUGAGGAGAGAACACUGGAGGUGGAAAUUGAACAAGGGGUGAGAGAUGAGAUGGAGUACCCCUUCAUUGGGGAAGGGGAGCCCCACAUCGACGGAGAGCCUGGAGAUCUGCGUUUCCGCAUUAAAGUGCUAAAACAUCGGGUGUUUGAGCGCAGAGGAGACGAUUUGUACACCAACGUCACCAUCUCCCUGGUGGAGGCGCUGGUCGGCUUUGAGAUGGACAUUGUUCAUUUAGACGGACAUAAGGUGCACAUUAUGCGCGACAAGGUGACGAAGCCUGGUGCCAGGAUGUGGAAGAAAGGCGAGGGCUUGCCCAACUUUGACAACAUCAACAUUCGUGGGUCACUCAUCAUCACCUUUGAUGUGGAGUUCCCUCAGACCCAGCUGGAUGAAAAACAGAAAAAUGGUGUCCGUAACCUGUUGAAGCAAGGCUCGAUACAGAAGGUGUACAAUGGACUACAAGGCUACUAACUUGCUCGUCCAUGCUGCUUGGACUGACAUGUAGAUGACCAAUGACAUACAAACUGCAACAACAACAACAACAGCAGCAGCAGAACAAGCGUGACAUGCACCACUUUUCUGGCCACAGUCUAUUUAUGUUUGUUUUGUUUUCCCAACUCAGGAUGUGUCGGAUUGAUUUUGUUUUUACAUUUCAAGGUUUUAUUUUUAUUUUACGUUUUUUGUGCCCCUUUUUUUACUCAAACCACAUUGUCUGACUUAUUUAAGGUUACAGGCUAGAUAAAAGAAAUGGUCAGUGGAGUCAGUUUGGUUUUGGAAUAAAUCAUACAAGACCAGGGACAUUUGCUCGUAGACUUUUUAUACAGUUGACAGUAUGUUUGCAGCGAGCGGAGGCUUUUAAGGGCUAUUUCUUUCCCCUUUAAGCUUCCAAGGCUUAACUUUUAAUGGUGAGUUUAAAAGUUACAUUUUUUUUUCAAGAUUACAGAAGAAGCGUGUUGGGACUUGAAUCACAUAGGAAAUAUAUAGUGGAAAACUAAAAAAAUGUUUUAUAGCUAAGUUUCUAAAGCGUUUUGCACUCUGUAUGGUGCCUCCUUUUGCUUCCAUGAAGAAAUUAUUCCUGUUCCUGACUGGAGAAAGUUUCCAAAUCCUACAUGUUUUCAUCAUGGCUUAAUCUAAUUGUUUUUUUGUUUUGUUUUUUUUUUGUCUUUUUUUUGUGUUGCAAAAGUGCAACACUGCCUCCUACUGUGAAACGAGUUUUUUUUUUAUUUUUAUUUAAAACCUGAUUGGAGUUAACUGACGUUUUGGGAGAAUAAAUAAAUACUUCUUUGGUUUUGA